AUGUUUCAGACACCUUAAAAGAAACAGGCUGAAUAUCCUGUUUUUAAAGUAGAAUAAUUGAACGAUAAUUUAAAUAGCAGUAAGACUAGAUUUCCGUCAAUGAAGAAUAGAGGAUAGGAGAAUUCACCUCAUAAAUAAUAGAUUUUUGCUUUAAAACAUAUUCAAUCAUAGCCAUAGUUAUCAUCAAAAAUUCCAAAUCACCCAUUUCUACCUUCUUCAUCCAAAUAAAAAUUAGACAUCUUUAAAAAUUAGAAUUAAUUUAUAAACAACGAGAAGAAAUAAAAUACAACUAGAAAAGCAGGAGCAACUAUCCUGACAGUUGCCUAAACUCUGUAGAAUUAAUAUAUAGCUAAUAAAAUAGAUGUAGAUUUAGGAACUUUAAAUGAGUUUUUAGAUGAUGAUGUGAAGGUUUUUUAAAGUUAAAGCAAUAGCUAAAAAUUGAAAUUUAAGAAACUUGGCAAGUCUCCUUAUUCUAAAUUUGAUAUCAGCAAUAAUAAGAAUGCAGAAGGAGAUAAUUAAGACAAAGUGAAUUAAGAUGACAACGAUGAAGAAAAAGAAUACGACCUAAAAAAAUCUAAGUACUUAAAUCCUUUAGAGAUUUUAAAAAAUGAAGAUGAUGAAAAAAAAAGAUAGUUCGCAGCUAAAGUAAUUAUCCAGCAGCUAUUUAAGGCAAAUUAUGGAGAUGAUAUUGAAAAACUGGAAGAAUAAAAUGCUUUGGAAUUAUAUAAACUAAGAAAUUAAGAUGAUUUACUAGAAUAAGAUACCUAAUUAACUAAAUUUUUGAAGAAAAAUGCAAGAAAAACACUUAAAGAAAAGCUAAAAAUAUUGCAAGAAUAGUUAGAUGAUUAAACUGCUACUUCAUUAGGAAAUAAUAUUUAAGGCUUUUAAUUGUCAAGCUAGGCCAAUAAUUAAGGCUUUUAGCAGGGGCAAAAGGGUAUUAAUAAAUCAGUUAAAAUUAAUGAUUUAAAUGAGAGUAAAAAAAGGAAAAUAGCUAAAGAUGAUGAUUUUAACUAUUUUGAAAAUUAAGAUACAUCAAGAAAUGAAGAAGAUGGGAAAGGACUAAACAAAUAAAGCAUAAAUUCUCAAUAAACUCUCAGCUUAUCAAGAAACGAUAGUUAGUAUCUAAAAUCAUAGUAAGGUAAAAAUAAAUACAUAAAAAAUUAGAGUGUAAUGUAGGAAAGCAAUAUUCCAAUUUACCAGCAGCAAUAAAAUGUUCAAAAUUUAAGAAAUUCGUUUAAUGCAAACAAGAAUCAACUCGAUUAUAGGUAUAAUUACAUAAUGGAUCUCAAAUUUAGAAAUAUCGACGUCACUCAGCUCUGGGUUUAAUAUGGCUGUGAGAAUGAGGGAGUUAAAUAACAAAAUGAUAAAUUAUAUAGAGAUUAUAUUGAAGCUUAACUCAAAUUUUACCCUAUGUACUUUAAGAGAAAUAAAAACUUCGAAUACUACAAAGAGAGAAAGAAAAAAGUGCAAUUUACUGAUUCAGACUAUGAAGAAGUCUAAAAAGAAUAUCAAGAAUAUCCAAAAGAAGAAAUAUUAAUUAUUGAUCAAAACUAAAUUACUUCAUGGAAUCAGAAAAUAGAAUCUACUUUUAUCAUGUUCUUUACCUUGAACUAUUCUCAUUUCCACACAUUAUAAAAAAUAGAAUUAUUUAAAACCCAGCUAAAAGAAGAUGGGAUUCUAGUAUUGCUUGAAGCAGCUCAAAAGGAAUGCUAAAAUUUAAAAUAUUUAACUUUAAGUUACAAUAAAAUAGGUGCUAGAGCUUUAAUUUAAAUAAAUAAAUUGAUCACCUAAUUCUAGCUAUCAGUAUUAGGGUUGAGGUGUGUUGAAAUGAGUACCAAAUAAUUUUGUUAACUCUGUAUAUGCAUGGCCGAGAAUUAAAGCAUUAUUGAUUUAGAUGUUUCAGAAAAUCAACUAGAUGAGAGGGCAAUAGAAGCAAUAAAAACUAUAAUAAGAUAUAUAAAAAACCUAGUUAAAUUAAAUGUAUCAAAAAAUAGCAUUUCUGAAUAAAAAUAUAAAGAAAUCAAAAAGCAAAUGUACGAUUUGAUAAAGAAUAAGGAAGUGAUAUUCUUCUGA